AAAAGAUGUAGCUGACAUGAAGAUCAAACGGCGGAAUUCGUCUGCUUCCACAGAGUGAAUCAGGCUGCGAACUGCGUGCACAACAUCGACUGGGUUUGAAAUUUUUUCCAUCCAACGCUCCACCUCAUUGAUUCUAUAACAAGUUUGAAAUUCAGAAAAAAAGGCUCUGAACACCGCUAAAACUUUAAUAACUAUAGCAAUGGGACUUUCUCGUGAUGGAUAUUUGCAGUGGAGAAUAUAAGUGUAAGUAAACGACUUUUCACUAAUAACUCAAGUGCAGUUACAGCUGAAGCCUGUUUUGUUCGGCUGUUAAUGAUCUGCUAGAAAUUCAGCGGUAUCUUUGUUAUGGCCAAUUAAGCAGAACUGAAUUUUAAUUUCUGUUAGAAAUCAACAAAUGAAUACUUUUUAUGGAGAGAAAGCCGGUGUCUAAAUCGUCAAGUCAAAAUAUACCCACAAUCUGAGAGCCAAAGGGUAGGCUACUCCGUUCUGUGGUUCGCCUUGGGGUACACAAGUCUGUCGCCAUGAGUUUAGUUGGAGGGUUUCCUCACCACCCGGUGAUGCAUCAUGACGGCUAUUCCUUCGCUGCUGCAGCUGCUGCCAGUCGCUGUCAUGAAGAACCCCCCUAUUUUCAUGGGUGGCUUAUCAGCCAUCCGGAGAUGUCUCCUCCAGACUACAGUAUGGCACCCUCGUACAGCCCCGAAUACUCAGCAGGAGCCCCCGGGCUCGACCACUCGCACUUCGGAGGAGUACCGGGGGCCGGCGCCGUUGGAAUGGGACCCCGACCAGUGAAACGUAGACCCACGGCAAACCGAAAGGAGAGGCGCAGGACUCAGAGCAUCAACAGCGCCUUUGCAGAACUCAGGGAAUGCAUUCCCAACGUGCCUGCGGAUACGAAGCUGUCCAAAAUCAAAACCCUUCGUUUGGCUACCAGUUACAUUGCUUACCUUAUGGACAUUCUGGACAAAGACGAACAGAACGGGGAAGCAGAGGCCUUCAAAGCGGAAUUCAAAAAAACAGACGCCAAAGAAGAAAGGCGAAAGAAAGAAAUGAACGACGUUUUGAAAAAUUCAGGGAGCAGCAAUGACAAGAAAACUAAAGGGAGAACUGGUUGGCCGCAGCAUGUAUGGGCAUUGGAACUGAAACAAUGAGACUAAUGCAAAAGACACGAAAUGAGGCCCUCUGAACUCAUUUUAAGUUGUUCUCUCACAUUAUUUAAUGGAAUAUUUAUGUGCAAUUUCCCGCUACGGACAUUGGAUAUUUGAGGAAAAACCAUUCCAUUUUAGAAGGAGGAUACUCUCUUGGUAAGAGAUUGUGUGUUGCUGUCUGAUAUUGGUUCAUUAUUGUUUGUUUUCUUGUCCCAUUGUGAAUCAAAAUGAGAUAUCUGCCACUAAGGAGUAUACGUGAAGUUCUGUCUCAUUCUGUCUCUCUAUCACUUUCAGUAUCUUUUCUCUGCCUCUCUCUCCUUUAGUAAUGAGGAAGAUUAGUCGAUGUUAUGAUAUAGUAAAUGUUUUAUUUGAAAAUGUCAUGAAGUGUUAUAAUGUAAUUUUGUGGUCGUACAAUGCUGGUGUCUAAAACAACUGUUGAGUCCACCCAGUGCACUUCCGUCCAGAGACACAAAAUUUAAAUAAUAUUGGAGAUGUAAACAAUGUAAUUAAUUCAAUAAACCACUGUUUUUAUCAAUCUUA